AUGAGCAGAGAGAAAAGACAAAAAAGAGCAAAGAGACAAGCUAGCUCAGAAGAGGAAACAGAGAGCAGCUCGAAAGACACCUACAGUGAAACAACCCAGCUUUCUGAGGAAGAGCAGAGCGAGUAUGCUAGUGAAAAUCAUACGCCCGAAGAUGUUCUGAGCCCUGGAUUUGAGAGCGAUAAGGAGGAGGAGCAGAUGCAGCUCAACCCUGAGAUGGAUGGAGACAUCGAUGACGACAUGGUUGAAUAUGCACACUCAAACGAUGGAAGCGGUUCUAUUGAUCGAUCGAACUCGCUUGAGAAGGGAGACUUUGGAUACUCUGAUGAUAAAAUUAAAAGAGAGGAAGAGCAUACUAGAGAAGAUAUGUCUUCUCCUUACGCAUACUCAGACCAAGAAAAGCCAGAUUUGGAGGCAGAGAUGGAGGAGCAGAGCGAGGAGAACGGCACUGAGGCUGGGGAGACCAGCCAGCCCUAUCAUCCCAAGGAGGAAGAGAAUUCGUGCGAAGAGGAUGACAUUAUUGAGUGCCGAGAAACCACUCUUCCUACUAAGACAGAGAACAGCAAAAAAAGACAUCUUGAAGAUCACGAUGCGCCUUCUAAAGUGGCUAAAACUGAGAGUAUAGAAGAAGAAAAAAGGUAUCCGGUCAGCAGCGAGGCAGAUGAAAAAAUGCAGGCGUAUCUUGAGAAAAACACUAGCCAAAUACUUGACUUAAGAGAAAGAGGAUGGAAGCGCAACAGCAGACCUUUGCUAUGGAGGCCCAGUGUAGAGGCUUAUGAUGAGGAAAUAAGCCAGGUCAAUGAGGAAGCCAUCCUACAGCGGUUCAGAACCCAGAUAGAGAAUCCAAGCAUGUUCAAUGUUAGAAAAAUAAAAGCAGAUCCAUACUAUGCAAAGCAGCAAAUACAAAGUAGAAAACAUCUCACAAAGUCUGAUCUGCUAAGAGUUAAAGAAAGAAUGGAAACAAGCAAGAUAAUAGAAGUCCAGCAAGUUCUAAGGAGAAAAACCCGAAUGGAAAAAGAUAUGCUAAACAAAACAAGAAAUCUUCAUGUAAAGUUAAAGGAGAUAGGGCACCAAACAGAAGCAUCUGAUAUUUUUGCUCUUCUGACGCAAGAGUACAUAUUUCAAAAGAAAGACAUAGUGCAAAGCAUGGAAAGCAUGCUAAAUGAUCUAUCGUACAUACACAACAGGGCAGGAGAAAACAAACAGUAUCUUUUAAAAUGCAUUGAUUUUAUUGAACAAUCUGUUGUAAUUGAGUAG